UUGUUGUCCUCAGCACAAUACAUCUCUAUGUACAGAGUGAUACCAAGAACAAUUACUUGGAGUUGCAGUACAAAUAAUAAUAAUAAUAAUAACACUUAUUAUUAUUUAUUCAGUACCUCCAUCAAUCAGUACAAAGAUCAACAAAUGCUGGGAAUUCAAGUUCAAGGCAGCAGCCAACACUAAAUUUAAAUAUUUAAAAAAAUUUAUCAUCUCCAAGGACAUUUUUCCUAGAAGAUUUAAAAAAAAUUAUUUAAAAAACUAAUGACAGUUGCCAGUGAAAUGUUUGUGUUUACGCGGUCAUUACUCUGAAAAUAAUCAGCAAAUAUUAAAAACUAUUAUUUAAAAAAAAAACUGCAGCACUUGAGCAUUUAAAUUUUCAUAAUAAUUAAAGUUAUUAUUUAAUGUCUUUAAUUAACCCGAGGUUAUCGUGUCGAAAGUGAUGAACACCACAGCCGCUAAGUCUCUUACUUCAGGAGCAGCGAAUUAACUCACGAUUUUAAAUCUCUGUUAAUUUCAAUGAUGUUGAGUAAAUUACCGCAAGAAUUCCGUCGGUAUCAACGCAAUCGCAAUCAGUUGCGGCAUAUUUUCAAGGAAACUCAGCGCACUUUAGAUGUUAUCAAUCAUGAAAACUUUUUUCCUGAAGAAAAUAUCAUUGAUGAGUUAUUACCCUCCUUAACUCUGGAGCGGCUGACUCAUAUUCUUGAUAAUCACCCGGCAAUUGUGAUACUGGGACAAGAUUCCAAGUCGAAAGCUGCUUUGGUGAAUCGUUUGUUGGCGCGAGAUGUCCUGCCAGUAACUGAUGGAUCAUGGCGGUGGAUUAAAUUUAGUUAUGGUCAGAUGAAUAACGUCAGUCUGACACUGGGACUGGAGUACGAAGUCGUGGACGGAAGUCAGGCCGCGGAAAAAUCAUGGGAAUCAUUGACAGCUGAAGAUUUAAACAGAUCUUGCAACGAGGACUUGAAUUGCCCGACGGUAUUGGACGUCAAGUUGGACAGAGCGGUCCUCAAAGACGGUCUCCAGAUAUUUGUGGUCCCCGAUGUCGCGGCAAUAAGGACACUGGCCAAAGGAGCGCUGGGUAUUUUGCCAAUUUUUUUGUACGCACUGGGUGAUUACCCGCUGACGGAAUUAAAUACUGAGGAGUUGAGAGAAUUGAAAGAAACUUAUCCGUAUAACCCGGUACUGUUUGUUUCUUCGUUGGCUAAUGUUGUGAUUGACGGAGUCGAAGGUGAUCUGACCGAGUCGGAGCAACAUCGUCUGCAAAGUCAAACUGAAAGUAACGUAAUAAAUGUUAAGAAUGAUGAAAUGAAUGAUAAAAAAGAAGAAGACGGGUUCAGUUUAGAGAAAAUGAAUUCUUUGGGUCGAACUUGGCUCGACCAAUUAGGAGGCCUGGGUUUUUUACGCGUCGAAGACCCGGUGGAAGUUGAUCAGCAGAUGACUUGGCUAGUCAGCAGCGAGUAUGUGAGUGCCAGCGACUUUGUCGAUUCUUACAAAAAAAUCGACCGGGUCCUUCACUUUACACGCAGCUGCCUUCAAACCUACCUCGUUAACGCGAGUAAUUACUUGACUGAAAUUCAAACAAAUUCUCUACGUAAAUUUAUUCUCAGUGCCUUUGACAUGGCGCGCGAAAUUCAAAUUACUCCCCGUAGAAUUCAGUACGCUCAGCAAAAAGAAAACGAGUUGUAUGCAAGUUUGAUGAACGUCGUUAAUAAAAAUCAAGACGAACUCGCAGUGUUGAUCCAUAAUAUCAUUCAAGAAAUGAAACAGGAUUUGUCGGGAUCGAGAAAUGAUUCUUAUCAGUACCAAAACAAUAAUCUGAAUGACAAUGAGCAGGGAUCUUAUGAUGAAUCUCGCCGCGAGUGGUGUAAGACUGUACGUACAGCAACGACAGAAGUUCAGAGACUAGUGUUUAGACGUCUGAGUGAGAAAGUAGCACGACAACUAGUUACGUCUGUUAAUUGUUUAAGGGAAACUUUUGUCGGCACACUGCAGCGCUGCUUGCUUGAGUUGGAAAAAAGUUACGACUCAAAUAAUCAUGACGCAAAUUUACUGGCGAGCGACGCACUGAAACAGAUAUUAUCCGCGGCUUAUAAUGUUGAGUUGCAUAACUCGUCGCCGUCGUUGGUACACUCGUUUAUUGAACGUCUGAGACAACUGUUCAAGUCAAUACCACUGCCAUGGUCACCGACCCCGACGUUAGAUGAAACCUGGCGUAGACGGGUGACAAUAGACGUACUAAACUCAUUGUGCGCUGCUAGAUUAGCGCGCACUAUCUCGACACAAUUUCGCGAUAAAAUAAAAGCUUCACAUGAUGCAUUUCACGCGGCGUUGAGAUCCCUGGAAAAUCAUUACUCGGGUAAAUUGGAGCGGACUGAAGAGCAGAGAGUUGCAAUACGUAAAAUACACGCGCCCAGACUUGCUAAGCUCGCGCUGGAGGCAACGUCGAUGAGCGACUUGGUAAGAUAUGGAAUCCCGCAUCAGGGAAAGGAAAUUGGACGAGGUCAGUACGGGGUCGUGUUUGCUUGCGAUGCUUGGCCAGGUGCAGCAGGUCCCUGCGCAGUUAAAUCCGUGGUGCCGCCUGAUGAAAGACACUGGAACGACUUGGCAAUGGAGUUUUACUACACAAGAUCAAUUCCGGAUCAUAAGAGAAUUGUUAAAUUGCGCGGUUCGAUUAUCGAUUACAGUUACGGAGGCGGUGGCUGUGGAGCGGGAGCUGCUGUCUUACUGAUAACCGACCGCAUGACCCGUGAUUUGUACUGCGGGAUACGGGCUGGGCUGCCCUGGAUUACGAGGAUACAGAUCGCUAUCGACGUGCUCGAGGGGAUUCGCUAUCUGCACUCUCAAGGGCUCGUCCAUCGGGAUAUUAAGCUGAAGAAUGUCCUGCUGGACACGGAAAAUCGCGCUAAAUUAACAGAUCUAGGUUUUUGUAUAACUGAGGCCAUGAUGAGCGGGAGUGUCGUCGGAACUCCUGUCCACAUGGCCCCGGAGUUACUCUCUGGGCACUACGACAGCAGCGUUGAUGUCUACGCAUUUGGUAUUUUAUUUUGGUACAUCUGCGCUGGACACACCAAGAUGCCAUUUGCCUUCGAGCAAUUUCAUAACAAAGAACAGCUUUGGACUAGCGUUCGCAAAGGUUUACGUCCAGAAAGGCUGGCGAGCUUCGACGACGAGUGCUGGGAACUAAUGGAGCAGUGCUGGGCCGGCGAGCCGUCCCGACGUCCACUUCUAGGCGCGAUCCUGCCAGUCCUGGAGCUGAUACGCGACAAAGCAGACUUAGGCAAGUUGACGGCUGAACCCGACGCAACCAAACAGCACAGCUCGUCCUCGUCCUCGUCCUCGAUGAGGAAUCCUGCUUUAGCACUCGGUGAACCCAAUAAUCAAAGAGGAACUGUAUCAAGUCCUCUUCUAAAACGUAGACCUCUACGUCCUCUAAAAUAUCCUACUCUCCAUAUGACUAAUUUAUUUCACACUAGUGUCUGCUCGAAUCUCUACGUACAAAUGCGCGAAUUUUAAUUAUUAGUUAUCAAGACUGCUUUGUCGGUAUUUAGUCUAAGACUGUUUAUCUUUCAAUGAAAAAUUUAUUUAAUUAAUAAUCCCUGAUAGCCAAGUUGGCCGCAACCUGUCGCCAAGUUGACCGUAAAAAUUAACAAUCAGCUUCUGUAACUUUUGCCUACUAGUUGACUGAAAAUUUAUCAGAAAGUUGGCAGGUUGCGGCAGUAGAUUGUCGCCGUUGCUGGGAAACUUGUGGUCAACAGUUACAGAGACUGAAAGUUGUCGUCAAGUUGAUCGCAACUCAUGUACAUGAUCCUGAAAUUGAUAUGACUAUAAAGUUAGCAGGCAUUUAAAAAUUUUUGGAUUUUUUUUACCAAAAAAAUAAAUAUUGACAAAAAUAUUUUGAAAAAUUGCACGUAUAGUUUAUGAAAUUUCCGACGUGUGCAUUUUUUUAGAAAUAUUUUUUUUUUAUUAUUUAUCUGUUAAAAAAAAAUUUUGUUAAUUUCAAAUGUCUGCUAACUUUACCAUCAUGAAGUUGAUAGACAAUAAUUUUCGAAUUUUUGUUUCAACAAAUCAAGUGAAAAAAAAAAAUGCACAUUUAAAAAAUUCAAAAAACUGUAGGUGCAAUUUUUUUUUUAUAAUUUAUCGUUCUGAAAAAUAAUCCAAAAAUAAUACGUCGACUAUUUUCAGUAUCAUACUCAUGUACAUCAACUUUCUGAUCAGAAACUCUGGCUAUCAAGGAACUUGUGAUAAUUUUCAAAAGCUUUAAAUUUUCUACUUUCCCUAAAAAUAUUUAUUAUUAUUUUUUUUUUUCCAAAGAAAUUAUCAACCCAUUUAAUUUAAAUUCUUAAAUUAUUGCCACAACUAUUUAAAUACAAAGUGCGUUUCUGAUUAAUUUAUAAAAUAACUCGUGAUAAAAUAAAAUAAAAUUAGAGCCCGUAGAUAGCGUAGUAAAUAUUGUCCGCAUUUGUAGUCUAUCUUAGCUGUUAUUUUAAAUUACUUAGCACUUUUUGUUAACAUAAAUUUAUUUAAAUGCUACUGCUGCCACUACCACUGCUACUAUUUUUACUACUACUUCUACUCUAUUAUUGAAAGUGAUAGCACUCGUGUCCCAUUUGUCACGCAUUAACUUUUUUUGUUAGAUAGCGUAAUCCUGAGUACUAAUAAUGUUUAUAAACUUGUUAUGCUUUUCGUAGUCGAUGGCGAAAACGAAAUGUUGUUUUUUGUUAAAUAAAUUAUUUAGUAUUAACAUUUAAAUGAAAUAAAUUUUUGUUAAUAAAUAAAUUAACUGUAAAUAUUUAAAUAAAAAAUUUAUAUUUUUAAAAAUAAAUAUUUUUUU